UAAUGUGUACAGACGGAAUCCCCUAUUGGCCUUAGCCCGUUAUCGUCGACGUCAUCGGUCAAUCUCCAAUCAGCUGUUUGUUUCUUGCUCAGUGUCCCGCGAAACUUAGUCCAAUGCACUCUGGUUCUGAGUAGUUUGAAGUGAGUUUGGGUGAAGCAAAGAAGCCUUUCCUGUCCUGUUUUGUGAGAAGCGUUCACUCUUCAAUUUUUGAUAAUGGUAGUCCACUAUCUCCUGUUGUUGGUGGUGUGCCAGUUGUGUGUUGGAUUUGAACCUCACCCCCACUACGGCCCUCCGCCUCCUCCCCCUCAUCAUCACUAUGGUCAUCACCACCGCCCGCCACCCCCGCCUUCAGGGGUAUUCAACACUGGCAAGCAACCCAUUGUGUUUGAGGAAAGCGGAGAAAGUCCAUCCUACAGACCACGACCCGGGUCCCCUGGGAGGCAAGGAGGUAUGCAAGUCUUGUAUAGUUGGAUAUUCCCAGACUUCACUUGGCCGAGCGAAGCAGCAAGAGAAGAGGCCAUCCGUUCCAGACGUUACAUCCCCAACAACACAAUGAUCCUCGAUGUUGAUGUAUACGAAAGUAGAUCAGGGCGGACAGUGUUUGUGACACUGCCCAGAGCUCGGCCCGGAGUGCCUGUAACGUUGGCAACAGUGACCAAUCAGAAGCGCAGUGGAGCCAACUUGCUGGCUCCAUUCCCUGACUGGCAGAGCCACACCGGGGACUGUGGUAGCUCUAUCACCUCUGUAUUCAGAACGCAUGUUGACGACUGUGGCAGACUAUGGGUACUGGACAGUGGCAACAACAACGUGUUUGCUGGGGCCAGUAAGAUAGUCUGUCCUCCUCAAGUGUUGAUUUAUGACCUCAACAACAACAACAGACUUAUUGGCAAAUACCACAUCCCACAGAACAUGGUAGCAGACAACAGUCUAUUUGUCACCAUCGCUGUGGACGUGAGGAGGCAAGAUUGUUCAGACAGUUUUGCGUACAUCGCUGACUCCAUUGCUUACAAGAUGAUUGUGUUUGACCUCAACAAGCAGGAGUUCUGGAGGAUCAACAGCGUUUUGUUCUUCCCAUACCCGGACCAGUCGAGGUUCAAUGUGGACGGAGUCUCGUUUGACCUUAUGGGAGGAAUCUUUGGACUGGCUAUUGGCCCCUUGUACCGAGGCAAUCGUAGACUCUACUUCCAUUGUAUCGACAGUGUUAAGCAGUCAUGGGUGGACACUAAGGAAAUCCGGAACAACAGUCUGUGGAAGAGUAAUAUGAAUGCAAAACCUAGAGCUUUCAACCUCUUCAGUGGAACUAGGUCUAGUCAGUCGGCAGCUGCUACUAUGAACAACGAGGGAAUCAUGUUCUUUGGAUUGCUGGGAAGCAACGAAAUAGCUUGUUGGAACUCUAGAAUGCAGUUUUCGAGAAGGAAUAUUCCCAUCCUGGCCAAGGAUGAUCGAACGCUUCAGUUCAACUCUGGGAUCAAAGUGUACGGAGACAAGUUGUACGUAGCGACCAGUCGACUGCAGAACUACGUUACUCAGAGGGUUCCACAGAACGAGGAGAACUACCGAGUGUUGGUCGGCGAUGUCGUCUCACUCACCCGAGGAACAAGUUGCCAAGUAGAUCCUCUAAACAAUCGCUUUGAGGAUGAAUACAUGCCUGACUCUGAAAGUGUUGAUUUUGACAACAACAAUUUCAGCUUUGAAGAUUAGGCUGUUAUACCAUUGAGUGUAUAGUAAAUAGUGAGGGAAGGAAAGACAUUUAGUUUUUUGAACGUGAAUAGGAGAUUUAUGCAAAUUUUAAGCCUGAAUAGGAUUUGAAAUCAUUGGUUGAACACUGGGGACUGUAGUUAAAAUAAAAUGUUCACUGUAGAGUAUGUGAGAGUAAUACUUAGUUUAAAAUUAAAUUUGACAUGACAAUAAGACUGUAAAUAUAACCAUUGAACUUAAUGGCCCAAUGGAUUUAAUGAAUAACUUAUAUCAGUGAACUUUGAUGGAAUGAUUAUAUAUUUUAUGAAUGUUUAAGAAUAGCUUCCGAUUAUCACUUUAGAUGGAAACAUUACAUCAGAUAUCUACUAUAUGCUCAUUGGUUUUGCUUUUUUCACUGCUUUUCGUCACAACUUGUAAGCACUAAUUAUUGCUUUAAAGCUGCUAAAAUAGUUUAAAAAACUUGUGGAAUCUUCUUCGCUUGCACAUUGUAAUUUGAGUUAGUAAUUUAUUGUACUUUCUGCAUUUCAAUGCUGAAGUUUCUGACACAUGUUUUUAGAUGUAUAGCAGUAAUAUUUGUCUCAGGCAUAUGUUAUGGGAUGUGCCAAUAAUUUAUUGUCCUUUAGAAAAUUCCCAUUUAAUGUUUCAAUUUUUAGUUAGAUUUUAACCUUUGACUAAUAAAAUUUUUGUUCAGAUUUUUAUACGGUACAGAAUAAGUUAUUUA